AGUCAUUCUCAGUUGGAACAGUGCACAAAACGGUUCUCCUCGCACGCUCAGCGCAGCAACUUUAACAGUUGUUUUUUGUUUUUGUCAUUUGGCAGAGACAACGGACACAAAUGAAAAAAGAAACGUGACAUAAAAAAUAAUAAAACCCAAAAGUGCGUCAAUAUUGAAAUCAAUACAAACAAAAUGUUAAGCAAAGCGCAGGCACAUUUAUUAAAAGGAGGAAUGCCGCUCCCACUCAUCUUGCUGCUCCUGCUGCUGUUCCAAUUUAAAUCCGCAAUUGGUAACUCCAUACCCACACAGAAAGAAACAGGAGCAACAACACCCUCAGGCCUGUUUGACACAAAUGUGUCGUCUGUUCCAUUGCCUACCGCCGUGCCCUCGACCUCAUACGAUGACAUCGACACCUAUGUGCCAUUUCGAAGCGAUUCGCAUGAUCAGUUCUCCUGGCAAUUGCUAAAGACUGUGCUGCAAGACGAGGCGGGGCCCAACAAUGUGAUCAUUUCGCCCUUCUCCGUGAAAUUGGUGCUUGCCCUGCUCUCAGAGGCAGCCGGCCAGGGCACACGCACGCAACAGGAACUGAUCGGCACACAGACGGACAUCAAGUCGCAGAAUAAUUUGCGAGAAUUCUAUCGCAAGACGCUCAACUCUUUCAAGAAAGAGAAUCAACUGCACAACAUGCUGAAUGUGCGCACCAAACUCUUCACCGACAGCUUCAUUGAGACGCAGCAGAAAUUCGCGGCUACUCUUAAGGUCUUCUAUGACACAGAGCUGGAGGCUCUCGACUUUAGCGAUGUGAAUGCAGCGUUGGCCUCCAUUAACGACUGGGCCAGCAACGCGACCAAUGGACGCCUGCAAAAUUUGGUCACGGAGACCAAUAUCAAAGACAGUGUCAUGCUGCUCACCAAUUUAAUCUACUUCAAUGGCGUGUGGCUCCGUCAAUUCCCCAGCAGCUAUCAGAGCAUAUUCCAUCGCACUCUGGACGACCAGCAGCGUGUGGAGGUUAUGGAGCAGACGGAAUACUUUUAUUACUACAAGUCUGAGAAGCUGAAGGCCAAGAUUUUGCGUCUGCCAUACAAGGGGAAAAAUUCAAUGUUUGUUCUACUGCCGGAUGCAGUUGAUGGCAUUGGCGCAAUGCUGCAAGCCCUGGAGAAUGAUGAGCUGAAGAGUUCCCAGUGGGCAAUGGAGGAGGUUAAGGUUAAAGUCACGCUACCUAAAUUCCGCUUCGACUACAAGCGUAACUUGAGGGACACUCUGAAAACGUUGGGCAUACAGGAGAUAUUCACAGACAGCGCUUCGUUACCGGGACUGUCGCGUGGCUCCGAUGUUGCUGGCAAGGUUAAGGUCUCCGAAAUUGUACAAAAAGCAGGCAUAGAUGUCAAUGAGAAGGGCACAGAAGCCUAUGCAGCCACAGUGGUAGAAAUUGAGAACAAAUUCGGUGGCAGCACCGUCAUUCAAGAGUUCAAUGUGAAUCGACCAUUUGUGUUCUUCAUCGAGGAGGAAUCUACUGGCAACAUAUUAUUUGCCGGCAAAGUUCACGAUCCAUAUGUGCAUUAAGCCGCGAUUUUUAUUAGUAUUAAUAACGAUUGACAAGAGCAAUUCAUUAGCUGCGCUCAAUGUAAUAAUUAAUUGUAACAAUAAUAAAGAAUUCCAUAACAGCUUAA